GGGAUCACGGAGGAGGGAGCAGGGGUCACCAGAGGCGGGGAAGGGGGCAGGCAGUAGUCGUACAGGGAGGGGGUGGGAGCUGCGUGGCACUCGAGCGGGGAAGCCAUGCAGCACCUCUGGGGGAUGGGUAGAAUCUAGGCAGCAGAGGGGUGAGGGGAUGGGAGGAGCCCUAGGCAACAGUGCAGCAACGGCAGGGGGCCGGCGUGGUGGGCGGGACCAUCCUGCGCGCCGAGGGGGCAGGGCAGCGAAACGCCGCAGAGGCCUGAGGCACAGGGCCGCAGCGGAUCCGCGGCAGCUGAGGUGGUGCUUCGAACCUCAGGUGACUGGACCUCGUUGGCAGUAUCCAACGCGUCUGGCCUCUGUCUCUUCAGUGCACAUUCAAGUGCAAAAUAUACAGGAAUGUGACCUCUGUCAUCUCCCUGGUGGAUGUAUAUCACAGUUGCAGAGUCCCAGGCUGGCAGGAGAAGUGGGCGUGGUCGCUGGGACAGCCCUCCAAAAUGGGUCAGGUGGUGCUUUGAGGCUCAGGGGACGUGGCCUCCUGGGCAGCAUCCAAAGCGUCUGGCCUCUGUUUCUUCAGUGCAGAUGGAAGUGCAGCACGUCCAGGAGUGUGACCGCUGCCGUCUCCCUGGUGCACGUACAUCGCAGUGCGAGUUGCAUCCCUAAGCCAGAAGUGAUCCUGAAGUUGGAGCAAGGAGAGCAGCCAUGGAUGCUAGAGGAAGAGUCCCCAAGUCAGAGCUACCCAGGUGGCGCUUCGAGGCUCAGGGGACGUGGCCUGCUGGGCAGCAUCCAGAGCGUCUGGCCUCUGUCUCUUCAGUGCAGAUGGAAGUGCAGCACGUCCAGGAGUGUGACCGCUGUCGUCUCCCUGGUGCGCGUGCAUCGCAGUGGGUGUUGCAUCCCUAAACCAGAAGUGAUCCUGAAGUGGGAGCAAGGAGAGCAGCCAUGGAUGCUAGAGGAAGAGUCCCCAAGUCAGAGCUACCCAGGUGGCGCUUCGAGGCUCAGGGGACGUGGCCUGCUGGGCAGCAUCCAGAGCGCCUGGCUUCUGUCUCUUCAGUGCAGAUGGAAGUGCAGCACGUCCAGGAGUGUGACCGCUGUCGUCUCCCUGGUGCGCGUGCAUCGCAGUGGUUCUGUGGGCAACGGCUUGUAUGGAGCAGAGACAGGACAGAAACGCAACAGAUCGCCGUGAGCAUGCGUGAUGGCCUGGUUCACAUCCAUUGAGCAGCCACACCUACCCUCUGUGCCCUGUUUCCCAGCCCUCUGGCUUAGACGUUUGUUUGCCGCCACAGUGUCCCAAGUGAUUGAGUCCAAGGAGCGCCUGGUACCUAGGGGAGGACUGGAUGCUUCCCAGCCGCUCGGCAGGUGUUGAGGAAGCGACCGCCUAGGGACUCAGCUAGACGGCUGGCUGUGGGUGAAGCCACAGUGGAGGACAGUGGAGGGCCCUGAAAUGUAGGGUGGUGAAGGGACCGUCCAGAGUUGCCACCCUGAUGAAGGAUGGAACUGGGACAGGUAUGUUGUUGUUUCCCUGUGGCCGGAGAUCCCCGAGCCCCUGACACCAACCCAUGGCCCCUGAGAAAAGGUCCUGAAGCCCUGAACCAAGCGCUGCCCUCACAGUCUCAAAUCCCUCUGUGCCACUGUGUCUGUAGGGGAGAGCGAGGGCCACGAGACCAGCCUCAGUCCUCACUCACCUCUGUGUUUGGGGCCCUGACAUCAACUAGGUGGUGGUUUCUGCCCAGUGGGUCCCUAGUGAAGGAGCAGGAACGGGUAGCAUGAGCCACGUUCCCU